AUUGUUUUUUAAAUAAUUAGUAUCCGUUAUCUUCAUUAAUUUCUGAACAAAAUAUUCUUGCCCAAUUCUGUUUGACCUUUGAAUACAGACCUAUGCUGUGUUUGGAAAUUUCGUAACAUAAUAUCAAACGCCGAGGUUAUCAGGUACACGAUUCGUGAGCCGGCGAUUCCGUCGUGUUAAAAAGGAAUCGACAAAUCAUUACACAUUCGCAAAGGCCACCCUUGAACCCGUUUCACCCCUUGCGUACACGUAAUCUUUUCAUCAUUUGUCUAAACAUAUGCUCAGCUACUUCUGAACCAGAUUAUUAUGUCGAAUGAAUCCAACUGGGUCUACAAGUCUACAUUGUUUAUUUGUCAUCCAUCUGCCGUGAUCGUGUCAUUGAUUCAAUGUAAAGAUAAUUAGAACAAUUGCAAGAUGGAAUUGAUGUGCGUGGUACAGUCCUAUGAUUGGGGGGAAAAAGGCAGCAAAAGUACAGUGGCAACGUUGAUGAAGGCGUCAAGUUUUUCUUAUUCGUUGGAUGAGAGUAAGCCCUAUGCUGAGCUGUGGAUGGGCACGCAUGGGAACGGGCCCUCAGUUGUGAAAGAAAAGGGAGUGCCACUCGGACUUUAUAUCGCAGAGAAUAGCCACGUGCUUGGACAGGCUGUGCAAGAGAAGUUUGGAUCAGAACUUCCCUUUUUAUUCAAAGUCUUGUCUAUCAAUAAGGCUCUGUCAAUACAGGCACACCCAAAUAAGGAGCAUGCGGAGCAGCUUCACAAGUCACAACCUGAGGUUUACAAAGACCCAAACCAUAAGCCGGAAAUUGCCAUUGCUCUCACUCCCUUUGAAGCUCUCUGUGGGUUUCGACCAAUAUCUGAAAUUAAACAAUACUUCAAUGCUGUUCCCGAAUUCCGUGCUGUAGUUGGAGAGGAUAAUAUAUUGGAGCUCUCUACUUCAGAUGAAGCCGGACUCAAUACGGCUCUUAAAAACUGCUUUAGGAAUAUUCUUACCAGGGAUCCUGAAUUCGUAGCUUUACAGCUGCGUAUAUUAUUGGAUAGAUUAUCCCAUCUAGACGAAUGUGGUAGACAAGCUCUUAAUGGAGCGCUGCUGGAAAAAUUGCAUUCUCAAUAUCCUGGAGACGUUGGAUGUUUCGGUAUUUAUCUAUUCAAUUGGAUAACACUGCAGCCUGGAGAAGCCUUAUUUUUAGGUCCUAAUGAGCCUCAUGCCUAUCUUUCUGGUGAUUGUAUCGAGUGCAUGGCCUGCUCUGAUAACGUAGUACGUGCAGGACUGACUCCAAAACCGAAAGAUAUUGAGACGUUGGUAGAAAUGCUAACUUACAACUGCGAGCCAGCAUCCGCAAAACGGUUCCAACCGUUCCGAGAAGACGAGUGUACGGAAAUUUUCAGACCCCCAAUCCCAGAUUUUGCUGUUGCAAAAAUAACCAUUCCUCCUGGUAGAGCUACUUACAACUUGAUUCCGAGAAGUACAGCCAGCAUUUUGAUCAUAAUUAAUGGCAAAGGGGAGAUUGGUCAGUCGAAAGUUUUAACCCAAGGUUCUGUGAUUUUCAUCCCAGCUAACGAGAAAGUGAACGUCAAAGUUCUUUGCGGAUGUCAUCCCAUGCUAAUGUUCCAAGCUUUCGUGAAUCUCUGAAACCAUUAUCGUCGAUUCAUGGCUUGAUUAGAAGGAUGACAAGUUAGAGCUUCUUACAGGGCCUAGAACCAGCAAUGUCACAUUUACUCCAUCUAGAAAAUUAGUACCUAUUGUUACUAUUCAUAAUUCUAUACGUUAUGAAAAGUAUUGUCAAAAAAAGUUAUGAACUUUAAACCUCCGUGAUAAUGUGAAUACCGAUCUACCAAAUAUUCCGAGACCGUUAUUAUGUAGCCAUUUAAAAAUCCUGCUCCAAGAGCAAUCGCAAUGUGUAAAUUGUGUGUAUCACGUAUAGAAAAUACCCGUCAUUUAUAAUUUAUCGAUGGCGUUAUGUCACUGUUGAAACAAAUAGAUCUAUUUUUUCAGAAA